AUGGAUGUCCUUACCCCUUUACCUUGGCCAUGCCAUGCCCGUAUCAUGAAGCUGCUGCCACUACGUAGUCGUCUCAUAUUGUCUACAGUCAGCAAACAUUUCAACGAUCUUGUCCAGAGGGAUGCGCUGCAAGAUGUAUGCAGCUUGGACGUUAACGACCUCUAUGGACAGCAAGCUAGCGGCUGUCUUGCUUGGGCGCUUCGAAGGAAUCUGAAAGGUCUACGCAGCAUUGCUGCUUCCGGACACUCAUGCUUGGACCCGUUGCUCACGGCUUGUCAACUACCAGCUGGGCAGGCCCUUUUGGCCCAGCUCAAGAGCCUUCAUUUGGACUCGGUGAAUCAGCUUCAAGACAAGCACAUCUCAGUAUUGCUUGCCGCAUGCCCGAACCUGGAGGUGCUAGCCCUGCCUCGCUGCGGCAAGCUGACGGACGCCUCCGCAAUCGCCAUCGGCUCCCUGCUCCCCGGCCUGCGGGUGAUGUGCUGCCGCGACUGGGCGGCCCUGACGGACGGAGGGGUGGUGGCGCUGGCACUGGGCUGCAGACACCUGGAAGACAUUACACUGGACGGAUGCUUCCGGGUCGGGUCGGAAGCGCUCGCCGCUCUGGUGCGGUCCUGCCCCCGGCUGCGGCGACUGUCCAUAGCCAAAUCAUACGGCGUCACGGAUACGGCAUUGGCGGCGCUGGGAGAGUACGGCAGCGGCUUAGAGGAUCUGUGCUUACGGCAAUGCCCUCGGGUGGCGGUGGUGUCGCGACUGGGGAGUUGUACGGCACUGAGGGCGGUGGACCUCAGCGGGUGUGCAAAUGUCACGGGCCCGAACCUGUUGGCCAUGCUGUCCGGCUGCGGCCGCACACUGACCAGUCUGCAGCUCAACGGCUGUGUGGGGGUGGACGGAGAGGCGCUGGGGGCGGUGGGGCGGCUGUGUCCGGGGCUGCAGACCCUCAAUGUGCGGGGCCUCGCCCUCAACGAUGGCCACCUUAGGGACUUGGCCUCCAGCUGCACCACCCUCCACACCCUGUGUCUGGCCUGGUGCACACGACUGACGGAGGAGGGGCUGAGGCCCCUGCUGGCCAGGAACCCGGAGCUGGAGGAUCUCGACAUAGAGGCGCUGUACCUGGUGACCGACACGCUGCUGACCGCCCUGGCCCAGUACACCCCCCACCUGGACCGACUGGGUAUCCGCAUGUGCCAUCGCCUCACUCCGGCAGCCAUUGCGGAGCUGGUGGGGGCCGUGCCGGUGCGGUCGCUGCUGGUGAGCGGCAUCCUGGACGAGGCGGAUACCUCGGAUUUGGUUCGACGUGUGAAGAUGGUGCGAUCUGACUGCAACCUCAACUGGCAACCGCCAUGGACGACAAAACAAUAUGAUGUGACGGCGUCUUCUAGUGGGACGAGGCGCGGUGUGGAGCAGCAGCCAACGCUUCCCAUUACCAAUUCUUGGGCUUAA